UAGAGCAAAAACCCGCCCCGUUGCCAUCCCUUCACCCACUCUGUGUUUUUGCUGAGGAACCUUGGUGAUAUCUUUCUAUAUGCCUAUUAUUGCUGAAUACCUUUACCCUGCACCAUUAUUGCAAUAUUGCUCUCUCUUCUUUACAUUCUCAAAACCCAAUCACUCACUGAUUUAUUUGCUGUUGUUCUGAUCAUCAUACCAUGGCUGAAGCACUUCUUUCUGGCUUCAUCAACGUUGUUGUUAAGAGGCUCAUUUCACCUGAGUUUGUCAACUUGGUGGUGGGCAAGAAACUGGACCGGAAGUUGGUUGAGAAGCUCAAGACUGCUAUCUUGGCUGCAGAAGCUCUGGUCGCCGAUGCAGAGCAGAAGCAGUUUGGGAACGAUCGUGUGAGGAAAUGGCUUGAUAGUCUCAGGGAUGCUCUCUACACUGCUGAUGACUUGCUGGACCGUCUCUUCAUCAAAGCUGAAAUUCGCAACAAGGCACGCAUUCGUGGUCCUCACUUCCUUGAUUUGUCUGUUAGGAAGAUGGUGACUAAGAUAGAAGAUGUGGUAAAAAGAAUAGAAGAUCUUGAGAAACUCAAACAUACCAUUGGUCUGGAAAAGAUUCAAACGGGAGGCUCCUCAUGGAGACCUCCGUCCACUUCUCUUGUGAAGGGGAAUGUGUUCGGCAGGGAUGAUGACCAACAAGCACUAAUGAAGAUGCUCAAUGACAACAAUCAUCAUAACUUGUCCGUCAUCUCUAUUGUUGGUAUGGGCGGUGUUGGUAAAACUACUUUAGCACAAUGGCUCUACAACAAUAAGGAUUUGAUGCACAGGGUUGAUCUGAAAGCAUGGAUUUGUGUCUCUGACAAUUUUGAUGUCGUUGAGACUACAAAGAAUGUUAUAAAGGGGAUCUCUUCAGGUGUUUGUAGUCUUGACAGCUUUGAUUUACUUCAACAACAUUUGAAGGAAAAACUGUCAAAAAAGAAGUUUUUCAUUAUUUUGGAUGAUGUUUGGAGUGAAGAUGCUCACAAGUGGAAUAGUUUUAUCACCCCUUUUCAACAUGGGAGAAAAGGAAGCACUAUUCUUUUAACUACUCGCAACGAAAAUGUUGGUCCAACAGUCCAAAAUUAUAGCUCUUACUCUCUCAAGGGACUGUCAAAUGAUUAUUGUUGGUCUAUUUUUGCGUACAAUGCAUCUUUUCCUGAAUCGAAUGGGAGCUCAGAACUGGAAGAAAUAGGUAGAAAGAUUGUCGAGAGGUGUGAUGGCUUGCCAUUAGCUGCAGAAACACUUGGACGCUUGUUGCGUUCAGAGCGUCGUGCUGAAGAAUGGAAUAACAUACUAUGGAGUGACAUUUGGGAAUUUUCUCCUGCAAAUAGCAAGAUUGUUCCUGCAUUGUUAUUAAGUUACCAUCAUUUGUCUACUCAUUUGAAACAUUGUUUUGUUUAUUGUUCAUUGUAUCCCAAAGAUCAUAAAUUUGAUAAAGAUGAAUUAGUCUUGCUGUGGAUGGCUGAAGAUUUUUUACAACCACCAAGGAGGGGACAGACUUUAGAAGAAGUUGGUUGUCAGUGUUUUGAUGACUUGGUUUCAAGACUAUUCUUCAAGCUGGUCGAGAAUGAUGAUGAGAAGUAUUUUGUGAUGCAUGAUCUCAUGCAUGACGUGGCAACUUUUCUUGCUGGAGAUCUUUAUUGUAGAUUCUCAGAAGAACUUGGUGAAAAAGAAGAGAUGAGUAUUCUAACUCGUUAUUUGUCAUACGAUCAUUCAAUUCCUGAAAAAACAUGCUCCUCUAGUAAAAUAGAAUCUUUGAGGACAUUAUUGCAUAUCAAUCAUGAAACUCGUUUCUGGAAAGCACGUGCAACGUUACCAUGUGACAUAUUGUCAAAGAAUAAAUACUUGAGGGUUUUGUCCUUUGAUAGACUCAAUAUAUUUCCUGAUUCAACAGAUAAAUUGAUCCAAUUGCGCUAUUUGGAUCUUUCUUGGAGUGAUAUUGAGGUAUUGCCCGAGUCAUUAUGCAACUUGUGCAAUCUACAAACUUUGAAAUUAGAAGGUUGUUCGAAGCUGACUGUGUUGCCCAAUGGCUUGUAUAAUCUUGUGAAUUUGCGGCAUCUUGAUAUAAGGAGUAUUCGUUUGAAAGAAAUGCCAAAAAGAAUGGGCAAAUUAAAACAAUUGCAUAUUUUAAGCAAAUUUGUGGUGGGAAAGCAAAAAGACAAUGGAAUCGAAGAGUUAGGAGGGCUUUUAAAUCUUCAUGGAUCACUUGAGAUUCAGAAAUUGGAGAAUGUUGUUGAUGCCAAUGAGGCAAGGAGUGCAAGGAUUAUAGAUAAGAAACACAUUCAGGAGUUAUUGUUGGAAUGGUGUUUAGAUGAUGAGAUGGUUUCAAACACAAAUACUGAUGAACAAGAUAUACUCCAGGGCUUGCAACCGCACCGUGUCUUGAAAGUGUUGACAAUCAAGCAGUACAAAGGUAAAAUGUUUCCAGAUUGGUUGGGGCGUUGUUCCUACAGCAAUAUAACAAGUGUGUCUCUGGAGUCUUGCAAGAAUUGCUGCAUGCUGCCUUCACUUGGACAGCUGCCAUCUCUGAAGUCCCUCCGCAUUGAAAGGUUUGAUGAGCUGAAGAGCAUUGGCAUGGAGUUUUACAAGAAUGAAGGCCAUCAACAUUCUUCACCUAUUGCACCGUUUCCCUCGCUGGAGAGAUUGGUAUUUGAUGAGAUGUCAUGUUGGGAGGAGUGGCACUUACCUGAGUCAGAAGCCUUUCCACAGCUUAAGAGCCUUCAAAUAACAGAUUGUCGAAUGUUAAAGGAAGAUAUGGUUAAUCAGGUAUUAAUGAGAAUCGUUUUUUCCUCAUCGGAUGUUUCCAAAGUGCGCCAACUGGAAAUACGGGAAUAUCAUGAAGGAUGGGGUAAACAUAUGAGACUUGAUGGGGAUAGGUUAUCAAUUAGUGGAUUUGAAUGUGUGGUGGAGUAUGCAUUUAAGUCAAGGAUCAUCCACCAUCUAACUUCUCUCCAAGAAAUACAAAUCUCACGGUGUUCGUCUGUUGCAUCCUUGGGGGGCAAUUGUUUAUCCAAAUCUUUGCAAAAACUCACAAUCAGUAAUUGCAGGGAAUUGGAAUUCCUCCAGCAACAACAGAAAUAUGAUCUGGUAGAGCUACACAUAGUAAACAGCUGUGAUUCAUUGACCUCAUUGUCGCUGGAUUCUUUUCCCAAUCUCGAGAAUCUGGAGAUAAGAGGGUGUUCAAAUCUGGAAUCAGUUUCCAAGUCAGAGCCACCACAUGCUGCUCUUCAACAUCUCACCAUCACUUCUUGCCCAAACUUGACUCAUUUUGAUGUCAGCUAUUGCGACAAGUUGGUGGCAUUGCCACGUGACAUGAAUACUCGUCUCCCAAAUUUACACUCUCUCCACAUACAAGGUUGCCCAAACAUUUGCAGGUUGUCAGGGGGAGGUUUGCCGUCUAACCUGAAAGAGCUUAGGGUAGGAGAUUGCGAGGAACAAGUGAGAGGUCUAUCAUGGUUGGGCAACUUGGACAACCUCACUCAUCUCUCCAUCUCAGGUUGUCGCAGUGGGAGGAUAAUAAAGUCAUACCCAGAGGUGGGUUCGCUGCCUCGCCUUCCCUCCCUUACCACUCUACAUAUCAGUAAGUUUCAUAAUCUGGAGACAUUGGAGUGCAACGAGCUUCUCCGCCUCACCUCCCUCCAACAACUACAUAUUCAUUGGUGUCCAAAUCUGGAGAAUAUGGCAGGAGAAAAGCUGCCUUCCUCCCUCUUACUACUCAAAAUUGAGAGAUGUCCAUUGCUGGGAGAACGCUGCAAGAAGCAUCAACAAAUUUGGCCCACAAUUUCCCACAUCCCCGCCAUUGAAGUCAUUGACUAAGAGGAUUUUUGAAUAAGGAUUUCUCAGCAGGUAGCUUGUGUACAUAUCAAGAUGUAAUCCUAUACAUUGGCUAUAUAUCUUCAUUUAAUUCUAAGUUCAUGUGAGGUGGUAAUUAAGUUGGAUUAAUGUGUUGAGAACCAGAUACUGUUUUUUCUGAUUUUGGCUUAAUGUUAUUGAAAACCAAGGACAUGGUGGAGAAAGUUGGUGGCACUCAUUAGUGAAAAGCUUUUGUUGUUGUUGAUUUGGACUCUAAUGUUACUUCUUCAUCAAACAAUUCCACUGGAAUCUUCAAGCUUUGUUUCCCCAUCAUCCUUCACAAAUUCACUUGUAUCUUCAUCCAGCACUUCCACUGGAAUAUCUUUAGUGCAUAGAUGCGCGAUGAAUCUUGUUUUGCUUUCUCAUUUUGUUCUUCAUUCUUGGAACUACAGUCAGUGACAUCCUCAUCUAUAACUCCCACAGAAAUGGCAUUGCUAGUUGAAGGUCUUGGAAUUGGUAAUGAGACAUCCAUAGAAGAGUACGUAAUAGGUGCUGCUAUUGAUCAUGAACCAAGCAAGAAAGAUAAAGUCUUAUUAUAUGGAUCUGAAGGUGCUGGGCUCUCUUGGGUUGCAAAACCUGUCAUUAUUGCUGGACACAGUUCUAUAAAGCCUGCAUUCAUGAAAAGCAUCUCUCUUGUCACCCUCUUUGAUAGUAUUCAUGAAAGGCUCGCCAAGACAGGAAGCAUUGAGGAGUGCGCUUUUUCCAAAUUCUGGAAGCAUGUUCAGCAGCACAGUUGAGAAUCAUCAUCAUAUAAUAUAUUCAUGUUGUUUGAAUUCUCUUUCAGCACCAAAUGAUCAUGAAAUUCUAAACAUUAAACAUCUGUGUAGUUUGAAGUUCUUCUUAAAGAUAUUGGCAUUAGCUCCUAAUCUACAGCAUUCCUAAUCAGUGCUGUCACAACCUUGUUUAUGCUUCCUUGUAUAGCUUUAAGCAUGAGGCUCAUAGAUAAAUCUGGAAGAGGCAAACGGUAACCUUCCCAUGUUUCUGGUAUGUGAUUGGACAUAGACAAAGCAGAGGGAAACUAAGAGAAUUUGUGUAUUUCCGUCACAACGACACGCUGGAGUUGUCAAAAUUUACCCCUUCAAUUUGGCCACUGGACUAAGGCAACUACUACUCGCCACGAUUCCAGUGUUGAUCGUCUCACUUAUGCUUUUCGUUGUUGGAAACAACAUAGAACAUGAUGGAGAAACUGGAGUGACAUUUAUUAUUGGAAGGCUUUUGUUGUUGUUGGUAUAUUUCUCUAUUCCUCUCUAUAAUUUUAUCUUUGCUGUUUGGUGCAGUGAGAAAAUAAAUGAUAGCUUGAUUUGUGAGAAAAUAAGCUUGUUUCUAUCUUUGCCAAUUCUUUAUGAUAACAGAGUCAGCUUUUGUGUUGCAAGAUUCAUAUGGGACAGUAAAGGGAAUCAGAAGGAUCAAGUUAUUGAUGUAUAAUCUUUUUUUACCAUAGGUUGAAUCAUUUGUUAAAAUUAAUGCUAUUAGAUGCCUAUAAUGAGCUAUUUCUAAUACUAAAGCUUCUGUAAUAAUAACUAUUCUUCCUUUCUGGAUUUGGACACCUUAUCAAACAGAUUUCAAAGGUGAUGAAGGUAUAUAGCUAAUGCAGUCAAGAUUCAAAGAAUAUGCUCUCCACAUUUGAAGAUGACAAUCAUGUACCUGAAAUGAUCAUUAUGAGAAGGGGCUUUGAGUUUGAUCGCUUGUGGAUUCUGCUGGGAAUGUCAAGCUUACUAGCUCCUCUUUUGAAAAUUAUGUUGAUUAUGCAGUCACUAUAAAUUUGGAGAGUGGUUCAAUGUUGGAUUGGGCUAAAAUUUCGAUAGCAAGUUCUAGACGUACUUUUUCGUUCUGAAUGGUUGGACGAUUAAGAUAAGAUUUGGAGGGUGAAAUAUGGCUUGUGCGCGCAAAGUAGCUCUGGUUUUGUAAAUUUUUCAUUUUUUUGGUUCACAUUUAUUUGCAUUGGUGCUUGAUUGUUUUGACUUACUGUAAGCAUAAUUUGCGCAUUUAUUUGAGAUUCUCUUGUAUCUUUACUAUUAUAG